CUGUUUAUGUUUUUGUUGAGUUGAUGUUUUUAUAUCUAAAUGUUUAUAUUAUAUUUUUGUUUGCAGUUUUUUAUGUUUUGUGAUUAACUAGUUAAUCAAGUGAAAUAAAUUUAUAUCUACUAAUCAUUGAACCAUUUAGCGCCAAUAUCCAAUUUAAGUCAACUCUUUUUCUCCAUCUAAUCUUAUUGGAACAAAUUCUUCCCUGCUUUUCUCUUUCUCCUCUUUCACUCUCUUUCUCUUUCUCUAUCUUUUCCUCUUUCUUUAUUUUCCCUUUCUUUUUCUUCCUCUCUUUUUAUUUUUAUCUUUCCAUCUCUUUCUUUUUUUUUCCCUUAUAAUCUAAAUAUUUUCAAUAUUCUCUUGAAUUCUAUUGACUUUAUUUUCUCUUUGAUCAUAUAUAACCAUAUAAGAAUAGAUCAAUUAGUGGACAUCAAUCAAUUUUCACUCUUUUUCCUUCCUUGAUAAUUUAUAUAUACAAUCAUGUCAUCAACCAAACAAUCAAUGAUGGACAAUAAGCUGAUCAAAUUUAAGAAGCUAAUUUAUCAAGAUGAGGUAACCGAUUUAAAUGAAUUACGUUCAAUGGCUUGGGCUGGUGUUCCACCUUCGGUUCGCCAUAUAACUUGGAAACUAUUAUUAGGCUAUUUACCUGUGGUCAGGGAGAAAAGGAUUGCAGCUUUAACUCGGAAAAGAUCUGAUUAUCAACAUUAUGUUGAACAAUAUUAUAAUAACAAUCGAUGUCCUGAUGAUGAGAUUUGGAGACAAAUUCACAUUGAUAUACCUCGAAUGCAACCCUUGGUAUCCAUUUUUCAGCAAGAAAUUGUCCAACGAAUAUUUCAACGGAUACUUUACAUCUAUUCUAUUCGUCAUCCUGCUUCAGGUUAUGUUCAAGGAAUGAAUGACCUUGUGAUACCUUUUUUCGUCGUCUAUUUAUCAGAAUUUAUGCCAACCCAUUCAUUAACGGAACUUGACCAUCUAAAUGUAUCAACACUUUCCGAAGAGGUACUACAAGGAGUUGAAGCUGAUUCCUUUUGGUCAUUAAAUAAACUAUUGGAUUCCAUACAAGACAAUUACACCUUUGCUCAACCAGGAAUCCAAUCAUUAGUUAACCUUCUUGCUCGAGUAAUGUCUAGAAUUGACUCUAAACUUCAUAAUCAUUUAACCUGUCACAAUGUUCACUAUUUACUAUUCUCAUUUCGCUGGAUGAAUAAUCUUCUCAUUCGUGAGCUGCCUUUACGCUGUAUCAUACGCCUUUGGGACACUUAUUUGGCUGAAGGAGCCUUGACCUCAUCUACUGCCAAUGUUACCAGUUCAUCGACAGGAUCAACUCUCUCCUCAUCUCUCCUUGAAUCAUCUAAUUUAACCUCAUCAACCACAACCAAUAAUUCACUUGGUAAUGGAUCACCUUUUGCAGCCUCUUUCCAUCUAUACGUUUGUGCGGCUUUCCUCCGAUAUUGGUCAAAAAAUCUUCUCCAAGAAAAUGAUUUCCAAGGGUUAAUAUUGUAUCUACAAAAUUUACCCACUUUUCAUUGGGGAGAUAAUGAAGUUGAACUACUCGUGGCUGAUGCAUAUUCAUUGAAAGAAACCUUUACUCCCAAUCAUCUUCUAUCAUCAUGAAAUUUCAAAGCUAAUUGUUAAUAUCUAACUCUGGAUUUUUGGUUCACAACAACAACAACAACAAAAAAAGAUUCAAUUUGAAUCAAUACAAAUAACAUAAUAAACAAACAAGAAGAUCAAGUAACAAAUUAAUCUAACACAUCAAGUCGCAAAUAUAAUAAUA